AUUUAAUUCCAUGUUUUCAGACAAAAACUGCAGAAGAAAUUGGCAGCUUUGAAAGAAAAGUGUAAGAUGUACACGGAGAAGGACAAAUUGCAUAGGAAAACUAUACAAAUGCUACAUGUAAAAAUGAAAAAGAUGAUAAAGUGCUUCAAAGUUUCUCUAGCUGAAGAGAAGGAUAAGUACGAGGCGAAGAUGUAUGAUGUUUUAAAGAUAGUCUUCAGUCCAGGACAAAUUAAGAUGCUUUUAAAUCCCUCGGAACGGAAACGCAUUGUCUGGUCCUCCGAAAAUAUAGCCAGUGCAAUGGAAUUAAGAUGCGUCAGCUCAAAAGCUUACCGCUAUCUUCGAAACGUUCAAAAAAUACCUUUACCGUCACUAUCAACGCUUCGAAAAUGUGCCACAUCUAAUAAAAAAAAAAUUGGCAAGGAAUCAUUUCCUUGACAGUGGGUUCAUGGUUGGAGAACAUUGCGUAGACAAGAGCUGUCUACAACGAAUUCUGUCUAUCAAUGCUAGGAACAUCAAAGUUUCAUUUAACAUUUCCUAGUACCAUCUCCACGUUCAGAGGCCAGAGCGACAAAAGGUACUCCCUGCCGUACAGGUGUUUUCGGAACUGACAGCAUCUGCCAUUGAGUGAUAUGGGCAACAAAGGUACCUAAACGAUUUACACUGGCGGGAAACGGCACGAGUUAUUCGGACGUUCAAUAAUUGGUUUGAUGUUUUCAAUGCGAGCUCAAAAUUCGAAAAGCAUGGAGGUAAAAAUAUUGAACCGAUAUUGAAAAAUAAAAUGACAUUU